GACCACUUCCAUCCUUCACAUGUCUAGCAGACUGGAAGCAGCAAAAAGAAAGUUAACUUAAUUGAUCGUCAUCAUCCUCACCAUUCAGUCAGCAUGACCGGGAGAGACGAGAUUUCAGAGGGGAAAUCAAAAGUGAAGAUCCUGGCUCCCAGUGCAGGAAAUGACAAGGGAGGGCGCUUCCAUGGACCUGCCAUGAGAUCCAAAGGUUUUGCCAUCACUGACCUGCUUGGUCUUGAAGCGGAGUUACAGCCCCCCUCAGUGUCUGUGUCCAGCUGUGAAGGACCUGGAGCUGGUCUUGGUGGGGUCUCUUUGGCUAAUGGCUCUCUUCCACUUGGGUUGGGGUUUCUGUGUGGCUUUGCAUCUCAACAGCCCACUGGAACUACCUGUCUCCUCCCAACUCACAUUCCCUUUCUGCAACCAAGAUCAGAGCACCAGUACCUCCACCCUUCAGAGAAGCACAAGGAGAACAUCUCUGAUGAUGAGAGCUUAAUAGGGGAUAAGAAUGAUCUGAAAUCAUCCAACUCGCAGGCUAAACGAAAGAAAAGAAGACACAGGACUGUGUUUACUGCUCAUCAACUGGAAGAAUUAGAGAAAGCGUUUAAUGAAGCACAUUAUCCUGAUGUAUAUGCCAGAGAAAUGCUUGCAUUGAAGACGGAACUUCCCGAGGACAGAAUACAGGUCUGGUUCCAGAACAGAAGAGCUAAGUGGAGGAAGCGUGAGAAGUGCUGGGGACGAAGCAGUGUUAUGGCGGAAUAUGGGCUUUAUGGUGCCAUGGUGAGACAUUCCAUCCCUCUACCAGAGUCCAUCAUUAAUUCAGCAAAGAAUGGACUGGUGGGUUCCUGUGCUCCCUGGCUGCUGGGGAUGCAUAAAAAAUCCGUUGACAUAACCCGAAAAGACGAAAUAGAUGAAGCAGAAGCAGAGAGUUUCAGAGCGCGUCAUCAGAAUGAAGCUUUGUUAAGCAAGGAGGCAGAUUCACAAAGACGCUCUCUGCAAAAGAGCAGUGCAAUGGACACUUCAGAAGACAGAGCCAUUGACCUCUCCAGCACUUCAAAGCAAGAAAACCAGGGCAGCAUGAGAAAUGUCUCCAUUCGAGACAGUCAUAGUGACCUUACGGACAGUGAACACUAAACUGGUACAAAAAAAAACAGACAGCACACACACAACAAGAAAAGAGACAAUGGAAAGACUGUCACAAUCAAAUCGCACUGACGUUAACCUUUUGAGUGCAAGAGACAUACGCAAUACACGCACGCAAGAAAUAUGUUUCCUACCUCUCUUCCACUCAACAGUUUAACCAGCAUUUAUGUACAUUUAUUAUUGUAAAAAUAUCCAAUAUUUUCAAACUUUUUUUUUGUAAGAUCAUUUUUUUUAACAAGCAAUUUGUAUUAAGGUGUUUGCAAAGUCAGAGUAUGAGCUUAAUGUUUACUAUAAAUCAAUAGAUUUUUUAUGUAUUUUUUUUUGUUUUUAAACAUCAAUUGCUAUUGCAGGACAUGUAGGUAUUGUAAAUAAUUAUUAAUAAUUGUAAAUAAGCAUAGCAAAUAAAACAAAUGUAAACUGGGGUACUGUAAAACAAAUAGUUGAAAAAGGUGAAAUAUGCAAUCGUAGGGCAAAAAUAGGAGCCAUAUAUG